AUGUCACAAUUCUCAGGCUCCUUGGUGGCCAAAAGAAAGUCUGACCUCGUCGAGAUUGCAGACGCUCUCGGCAUCAAAGACCAGGAGGGCACCAACAUUGAGCUCCGUGAGCGCAUCCAGUCCAAGCUCGACGCCAACGCCGACUCGCUGCGCACCACGGACGCCUUCAAGGGUCUCUACGGCCGUUCCCGUCGUCACCAGACGUCGGACGGCUCCGACACUCCCGCUCCGGAGAAGACUCCCGGUCGCGGUCGCCGCUCCAUCAACAAGACACUCGAGAAGAUUGUCGAUGCGGCCAACAUCCCGCUCCCUGACAGCCCGCUCAGCUCCAAGAUCCAGGAGAAGGCGGACAACGCCCUCGCUCUUGUCGAGACUGAUACCAAGGACAUUGCGGCCCGCAUCUCGGAUGCCUCAAGCACGCUUGUCAAGUUUGUUGAUGGCCGCAAGAACGCUGUUGAGGGCUGCGUCAGGGACCUCCGCGACAUUCUUUCCACCCCAUGUGGCCUGAUUCCCGUCGCGAUUGCCAUUGAGGAGGCCUUCCUCUACUCCCACGUUGUCUCGCUGGGCAAGCAUGUCGUCCACUUCCCGCCCCUUCGUUCAGACAAGGGCACCUUGGCCUCGCUCCUCCGUACCGCCUUCUUCUGGGCCCCCUCGAUCUCAUGGAGCUACUGCUUCCCCACUCUCGAGUCGGUCCACCCGAGCUCGGAUGUCUGGCCUGCUACUGCUUGGUGGUUCUUCUCCACCGUGCUUCCUCCUCUGGUUCUUUCCAGCCUUGUCAGCUUCAUUCCCCAGAAGGGAAUCCACCGUGCCGGCGCGUCCACGCGCUACCAAGCCGCGCACCCGCCCACACCCACCUUCGACCCCCUCACGUUUGUGUUCUUCCGCCUCGCGAUCCUCCUUCUCCCUCUUACCAACGCCGCCCCGGCCGCGUUUGUGGACGCUUUGGAAAUGAGCGGCAACUCGCAGGCCCGUGCCCUUGGUGCUGGUCUUCUUGCUGCGCUCAUUAUUGCCCAGCGCCUUGGCGGUGCCACGCGCGCGUGA